AUGAAACGUAAAUAUACACAAGGAUAUCGCGAUGAAUGGGAGCAAGAUCCCUCAUUUAAAAGUUGGUUAUGUAAAUCUAAGGUAAACACUACGAGUGCUCAUUGUAAAGCAUGCAACUGUGAAGUACUAAGUAGAGUGGCGUCUUUGAAAGAACACAUGGCCACAUCAAAGCAUAUAAAAAAUAUGAAAGGAUAUUCCGGCAUUUCUCAGAUUGAUACGAUUUUCAAAACAUCAACCAUUUCGGAAGAAGUAAAAAAAGCAGAAAUCAGCAUUGUAGCUGCCUUAGUUGAACAUAAUAAUACUUUUCGCGUAAUGGAUCAUUCAAUAGAUCCAAGUUCAAAAAUGCAUUUCCUUCCUAUACAAAACAUGUACCUGGGCACAAACGUAGCAAUGACAUUGGAAUCAUUAAAAGAUGAUUUUAGAAUGAGAUCUAAAAUUGAGGAAUUCCUUAACAGAUUUCAGUCAUUUUUGAUCGAGCUGAGUAACCAAUUUCUGCAAAGACUGCCUGUACAAGAUAACUUUUUGCAGGAUUUGUCAUUCAUCGAUCCCCAAAAAGCAGUGUAUGGUGAAUUUCGAACUCUGAUAGGAAUACUCAAAAGGUUUCCUAACAUAGUUGCAACCGAAAACAUGCAAAUUGUUGACAAUGAAUAUAGGGAAUUAAAAUUAGAUGUUUCCGUGUCUAAUUUAUUGUCAACUUCUAGUUUGACAUCUGAAACUUUUAUGGUGGAUAAAUUUUGGAGUGAAGUCAGCCAAAUCUGUGAUGCGAAUAGCAAACCAAAGUAUGGCAAUUUGUCCCGAUUUGUGAAGCAAAUGACGAUACUACCUUUGUCAAACGCCAAAGUAGAAAGAAUAUUUUCCGAUAUUAAUAGGAUUAAAAAUCAAGAUCGAAAUCGAUUUAAUAAUAAGAAUGUUGGAGCAAUAAUGCAUGGAAAAGAGGGGCUACGACAGUUGGAAGGAGGAUGUAGCAGAUUUGAUCCUGACAGAAGUAUUAUCAAGUUAAUGGACUCAAAACAGCUUUAUGACAAUGUUACCCAACAUAAAGAUGAAGAAUCUUAA